GACUUUGCUUUUUUGGGGUAAUUUAGCAAAAUUUUAUAAAUUGAUUUAGAUUUAAAAUUGUGCUAAACGAUGCUUGUAGAUACUAAAAGUAUCGAUAUCGAACGAUGAGAAAGAUAUUCUGAAUAGAAAAAUUGGCUCAGAUAUCCUUUGUUUACAUGCUGGACGCAUUCGCAAACAAACUUAUCGCAUACCAUCUCUUCAUUCCCAUUUACCCGGUCACAUUAAGCGUGGAAGAAAACGAAUCGAUCAAAACUCAAACUUUUAUCGACAACAACACGCCACUGACCGCAGCAUUCUUCACAUGAAGCACAACCGUAACCGCACCACCAGUGACAGUUCGAUGAGAGGCCCUCAACAGCUCAACAAUUAACGAACCGACCAAGAACGAAAACAACGAGUAACCUCUCACACGAUCCCAUUAGUAGCAGCAGCCAUAGUGAUAGUAAUAGCUCACACAGCGUUUCGCUUUCUCACUGCUCACCCUAUGCGUGUGAGUGCGUAUUUCGUUCACCUCACAAUCGUCGUUCGUUGGGUUGGCGUUUGUAAAAAGGGGAAGUUAGCUCUCUUUUAUGUGUUGUCUUUUUCCUUUCACAUCUACCGAAAACAAGCGGAACAAACAAAUUUCGUUGCCGAGCACGUGAACGUAUGUACAUAUGCUUUUUAUCCGGGAGCAUUGGACUGUGCGUGCGGAUACGAGCGGAUAGCGAUGGCCGGAACGAUAGUGAGAGUGAGAGUGAGUAACAACAGCCCACAUCCUCGAGAUUCGGGAUCAUGCGGUCGGUCGCUCGUACGCUAGUGUCAGACAGCGAGUAACCUUCCGUCGUUGCGGUAUAUUCGGUCGCGCUGCGCUAAGAUAACAAAAACUAAACUGUGAAAAGUGUUUGAAGUGGAAAAUAAGUUACGAACAUAAAAGUGCAAAUGUCACCGAAACGCUUAAUGUGUGCUUUUUGAAAUCGUUUCAAAUGCCGGAAUAGUGUGUGCGGUUUGACCAUUUUACACAUCGUCACCUAAUAUUCCACCAAACCCAUUUACCCGGUGAUGGGUCGCUCAACAUUUGCCCAAUAAAGGGUGAACGGAAGCAACAAAAAAAACGGACCUGGUGCCGUGACCAGGAUGACAAACGGUUGCAUCGAAACAUGCGGAAAUUGCUAACGACCAGUUUAAAACCCGCCCAGCAAAAUGAAUCGCACGGCACAGCGUAAAGCCCACCGGGUGGUUAGUGGUAGAACAAAGCCAAGACACAGCCGUUAGGCGUGUUGCCAGGAUAGGGAAAACGGGACGGUUCUUAUUUUCGCGCCUCGGUUUUUAAAUUGUUUUUUCGGCUUUUGCCUUCACGCCCAGCCUUUUUCUAACACUGUGGGAUCGUGCGAUCCGGCCUACCCGGUCGGCCAUUGUGUCGGCGCUGUGCGUAAGUGAUAUUGUCUUCUCGUGGCCCUCGUCGUAACGCCCGUAACGCCACCCGGAAAAGCGCCAACAUCAGCACGGGGGAAAAGAAAAUAAAACCGGAACAUGGAACGGAAACGAAUUAAGUGUUGAUGAAAGCAGGGCUGGUAACUUUUUUUUUGGUUCGCUGUGGCCAACUGCUGGAAAACGACGUUUUCGGUUCGGCCAGUGGUUCGGAAAUGGUUGUGUGCUGUGUGCUAUGUGAGUUCGUGUGCGUGUGCGUGUGAAUUGGUGCGCAUUAUUUUAUUCAUAUUUAUUUCAUCGUAUUGUGUGCUGUUUCAAGUGUCAAUGUGGCUGUGGAAGGUGGAUGAGCAAAUGGUGAUGAUGUUGGUUGCUUUGUAAAAUUUAUAACUCAACCCCUCACUGCCCCCAAUACCCCACUAGCGCAUUCUCACCACCCCACGGAAAGCAGUGCAGUUUUGACGCUGGGGUAGCAAUCUUGAAAACGGCGAAAGAAAGUCCCACCCCGAGGGAGUAGAGUGUGCGGCGACUAAUCGUGGGAUUAUGGCCGAUCUUCAGGCAACGGUCGAGUUCGCGGUCGAGUUGUACAAGUUCUACAACGUGGAUCUGUUUCAGCGCGGAUUGUAUCAAGUGCGAUGUUCGUUGCGCGUCUCCCCACGGCUUCCGGUGCAGGUCGAAACGUGUCUGCCCGAUGCAACGACGGCCGGCAUACCCUCGGUGCAGUCGGUGCUAAAUCAAAAUGGCGGAAGCGCCAACCACAGCAACUCCAACAACAAUCCCAACAGCAACACCAAUUGCAGCAGCAGCAACACCAACAACAAUAACAGCACAACCAACGGAAGUGUCGGGGCGGGCUCCAACACAAGUGGGAUUGCCAGCGGUGCCGGAACCGGAAGUGGUUCUUUGCCGAGCAGUAACACGGGCAGUGUCGGUGGGGGCUGUGGACUGGUCGCCAUCGGUGGUCCAACGGGCAAUGGUAACGCACCGUCGACCGGAUCGACCAGCUCGACUGGCCGACCGGAAGUGGGACCGUGCCUCUCGUCUACGGCAAGCAGUGGUGUCAUCGGUGGUGGGUCAAUGUCGUCAAUGCCGAGCAGUAGCUCGAUGCCUACACCAAACUCAGUCACGACCGGUUCGUCUAUGGUCCCGAUCGGCAAUGCUCCGGGACCGGCAUGCACCAACGGGAGCGGAGGAGGGGGUGGUGGUGGUGGAGGCAGCAGCGGUAACUCACCUACAGCCAGCUCCGACAGUCGGUCGGGUGCGACCAUCAUCGAUGACACCGGUGCGUCACGUGUCUUUCAGAUCCUUUAUCGCAACGAGGAGGUGUCGUUGCGUGACGUUAUCAUGUUCCGGGCACACCUGCUAGUCGACAGCCGGCAUCUGAAGGAAUCGAUCGAGCGUGCCGAGUUCUCGCUCAACCUCGAGCUGUGGUUCGGUGAGCAGACGAACGGCAACGUACUGACGCUGGCAUCGACGCGCACGCUGCAGCUAAACUUUCAUCCUGGCCGGGGGCUUCACUAUCAUCUGCCGGUACUAUUCGACUACUUUCAUCUAGCCGCCGUCAGUGUCGGGAUCCAUGCGAGCCUGGUUGCCCUGCAUCAGCCUUACAUCAAUGCACCCAAGUCAACUAAACCGUGGAUGAGCAGCUCGAAGUUAAACUGUCGCGGUGGCAAUUCACCCGGCCCGCUCGAGGCGAUCUUCUUCGGGCCACAGGUCGGUAGCGGUGCCAAAUGUGGCGGAGGUUCUGCCGGCCGAUUGCUGCACGCCCGGAACGUCCACAAAGAAAUCUGUGCCUUGCUGCUGGGGGCCUUGGAAUCGCUCCGGCUAUCGUUGCAGGAGUUCUGCACCGUGCUUCCCCACCAGUGGACAGCUCUGACCGGUUCCACGCCGCUGUCCAAUCUCGACACCGAGCAAAGACUGAGGAAGCUGUCCGAUUUGGCAAAGCUUUUGGACACUGAGGACGAUCUAGCAGCGCGGGCAAACUCGGACAUUGCGCAGCUUUGUGCAGAAUGCAUCCUUUACUGGCGAAGAGUGCUGUCAGCUGCUACACAACCCGCCGUACAUGGGCUGUUGGCUAAGAAACAUCACACACUACGAGUGCGGCGCUUUGCGGAAGGAUUCUUUGUGAUCGAUAACCCUAGACAUCUUGCCAGCGGUUGUUACGAUUCAAACUACCAAAACUACGUAUCGAUCUGCGAGAUGGCCAGACGAUCGCGCUAUCUGUCAUCGUUACCACCACUACCGGUCCACUGCACACCGCUAGACGGAGAUGCCAACUCGUUGCCGCUCAUCUUCGAGGAUCGGUACACCGAUGCGAACGAGUACGGCAAGCGGCGCUCAGGCAGUGAGCCUCAUCUGAACGGUACCGGAGGCAUUGGAGCUGUCGGCAACACGGGACAGUCCACGCUUGUGAAACCUCCGAAACAGCACCACCAUCCGAACAAGAUUGCGCCGAUCGUGAGCAACACCAGCAAGGAGUGUUCGUGCGGAAUUGCGACAUGCUACGUCGAGCCGGUACCGAAGAUCUGUGGCAGUUACAUGGGCAUCAUGACACCACGGUAUGCGCUCGGUGGAGAUAUACUGCAGGCGAGUCUCACCAUAACACCGGCAGCAGCAGCCUCACAAAAUGGGCUUUGUCCUAAGGCACUUUCGCGACAUUCUGUUUCGACGCUGCUCGAUCCUGUCCCAAUGACUGACGUGUGUCCCUGGGAUCAGCAGUUCAAAGGCAUUUAUACCAGUGGACCGACGAGUGGUCUCUCUGGUGGUACACUGCCCACACGACACAGCAAAUCGCUCGAUCAGCUUGAGAUACAACCGAAUGCUAACUCUGCUUCGCUGCCAAGACAGCAUCUUCAUGGUGCCGCUACCGUGGCCAACUACAAUGGGUAUGGAGCACAGUCACAGUCACAUCAUCAACAGCAGCAGCAGCAGCAGCAACAAAUAGGAUCUCUUCACCACCAGCCACAGCAAAGACAGCCGAUGAUUUACCAACACCCAGGACAGCAAACGCAGCAGCUGCAGCAGAUGCCUGGAGGCAUUGCUCUGUUGCAGACAUUACCCAAAUCUAAACCGAAGAACCCUGUCCAGGCAGAGGAUCUACUGAAGAACAUCAACGAGUUUCGGGAGAAGUACAAAAAUCCGGGCGAUCCGCGUAAGAUGAUUCAUGCCGGUGGGACGGCCACUCACAAUCCUACAUACGAUCUGCAACAAGACGCCCUCGGUAUGUCUGCCCUUUUGAACGGAUACGCCAAAUCAACUACCGGUGACUAUCGGCACGAGUUGAAGCAUACGCAAGGUACACGCAGCUCCCAACAUCACGGCCAUCGCGAUCAGUCCCAUCCGGGAGGGCCAAUAAACUCUACUGCAGCAGGAUCUUACUACAACUCCCUUCCUAAAGGGGCCGGUUUGGGUGCGCCCCGAAGUUCCUUCCCACCGGUACGCAGUAAAAAGCAGCAACAGUCCAGCUCCACCUCGUUACCGACUAAAUCGGCUUCGAACACUAUUCCACGCAGCAACUCCUCCCAACAGUUGCGUCAAACGUCUCAAAACAGUGCCGCAUCGAUGUCGAUUGGUGGAGUGAACAGUGCCACGCUGCCGCACCGAUCGGUGGAGUUUUCUCGUAUUCGUGUGUCAGACUUUAAGCAGCUGGUACAUGGCCAACAGAGACGAAGUACCUCGAACGGAAGUACGCAUAAAAUCGGUACGUCAGGCAACGGAAGUGCGGCAACGAAUGUUGGAAGAGAUUCCAGCAGUUCGGCUACCACUCCCGAGAUAACUCCGCGGACACGCAAUAAGCAACGUCGUCUACUAUCGUCGGCAAGCGUUCCCUUUCAGUUGGAAAAUCUUGAGCUAAAACCGGCGGGUGGUGGUGGCGGUGUGACGUCGGUUUCUGCAGUUGCAACCGGUACGGGGGGAUUCAGUGAAAGUCUACCAAACCUCGCACCUCCUCCGGCCGCAUUUGCUAGUGAUUCACCGCCCGCUCCUAUAGGAGGUGCCACCUUUCUGCUAAGAAGACGCCAUUCAAGCAGUGAAUCGACGUCAUCGCUCAGCGAACAGUCCGGUUGGGUUUCGAGUCGCCGUAGUACCGGCCCAUCCAGUCCGGACACUUUGCGGAACGAUCAGCGCGUGGUGAAUGGUGAGCAGCUUCGAAAGCGCCUGCUGAAGCUGCUCAAUGAACAGCCCCGGUUGGUUGCCAAUCGAAAGAACAGUACACCGUCCUCAACGACGGAGUUCUUUGCUCGUAGCAACCAAAGCUCGAUGAAGUCGAAAUCGGGUUGCGGUCCGAGCGAAAUGCUUCGUGGUGCUUCGGUUCAGACGGAAAACUGGAAUAACCUCGAAAAGGAAUGGAACGAUUCGCGGGCUCGUGCACUAGCCAAUGCCACGAGUGGCCCGUACGGUAUGGUUAGUGGAAAACGAGCUCCCGAAGCAGCGGCAACAACCGAGUCGACAGCUCGGGAAGGGAUAAGCACAGCCGACAUAAAGCCUCCGAAACGCACGAACAAGAAGGAAAAAUCCAAGUCAGAUUUUGACCUGGCGCACAUCUCGGACUACGUGUUUGAUGACCUGCGUCUACUUCCGCCGCAGCAAUUUCGAGACGCACCGCCACCACCGGACGAGUUCCGAGAUCCUCCUUCGUUUGUGGACGAUGUUUCGAACAGAAGUAACAAAGACGGAGGAGAUAAACAAAAAGCGACUGUACUGGCUCCUGCAGACAUUCCUCCACCGACGGAACGUCAGAAGCCACCGAAAGAAGAUCAGCCACAGCAACCACAACAGCAGCUGCAGCAGCAACAGCAUAUACCGGCACAACAACAGCCACCGCAGCAGCAACAGCUACAGCGACAUCAAGUUCAGUACUAUGCCACACUUCCUAAGAGCCAUCCGCCGGUUCCGAUGACUCCACUGUCGGUAAUAUUUCAACCGCAAAUUAUUACCGCACCACAGCCUCAACCACAUCACCAACAGCAACAGCAACAUUAUGCCACUCCGCAGGCAUUGAUGCAACAGCAUCACUACAGCAAACCCUUGAGCAGCCAAAUCUACAUGGGUCCUGGUACGGCACAACCCACCCCCAAACCAAAGUGUGAGAUACAGGCGAUUGAUAACCCGCUCUACCACAUCUACGAGGUGGUGAAAACUCCUCGGCCCGUCAUGAAAUCGCAAAGCUCCAACGAGCUGGCAGCUAUAGCGAAAUGUGCGGAAACACUGAACAACGCGAAUGCGACGAAUCUUUGCACCGUUGCAGUGGCAACACAGAUGCAGCAUCAACCAUCAAUGGUUCACAACGGUAAGGCACAGUACGCUCCGUCAACGGUAGCGCCCUCUGUCGAACGGAAGGCAUCGGUUCGAGAAACACCACCACAGCCCUCCAACACUGCAGAACCGAUCGGGACGGGAUCGGUACGGAGGAAAGUGAACGAAACGGAAGAAGAGUUCGACGAGAGCCCUGAUCGCAAGCGAGUGGAUCCUCCGAUGCAGCUGCUGGAGUUCGAAAAGUGUCGUGAGGAGUUCCGCAAACAGAUCAACUAUUCCGGCUCGAUCUAUUCCGACUUCCAGAAGAUGGCCUCCGAGAUGCCGUACUUUCACAUCGCGGACGAGUUCAGAGCGUUCUCACCGGCCGGUUUGCAUCUGGUAAUAUGCGUACAUGGGCUGGACGGUAAUUCGGCCGAUCUGCGACUAGUGCGCACUUACCUGGAACUCGGACUGCCCGGUACGCACCUGGAGUUUCUAAUGUCGGAACGGAACCAGGGCGAUACGUUCUCCGACUUUGACACCAUGACCGAUCGGUUGGUCGCGGAAGUUUUAUACCACAUCGAAACAUAUCAGCUCAAUCCGAGCCGCAUCUCAUUCGUAGCGCAUUCGCUUGGAACGAUCAUUGUUCGGUCAGCGUUAGCGAGACCACAGAUGCGACCGCUACUGUCCCGGUUGCAUACGUUCCUUUCGCUCUCUGGACCACAUCUGGGAACGCUGUACAACUCCAGUGGGCUUGUCAAUAUGGGUAUGUGGUUUAUGCAAAAGUGGAAAAAGUCUGGUUCGCUGUUGCAGCUGUGUUUGCGCGAUGCAGCCGAUCCACGCCAAAGUUUCCUGUACCGGCUGAGUCAGCGCAGCACUCUGCAUCACUUCAAAAACGUCUUACUGUGCGGAUCAUCACAGGAUCGCUACGUUCCACCACAUUCGGCACGGUUGGAGCUGUGCAAAGCUGCCGUACGAGACCAAUCGAAUCUCGGCAUAGUGUAUCGUGAAAUGGUGCACAACAUAAUAGCGCCCAUGCUGGCCAGACAGGAUCUGACACUGGCCCGAUUCGAUGUACACCAUGCGCUUCCACACACGGCUAACGCGCUGAUCGGACGAGCGGCCCAUAUCGCCGUGCUCGAUUCGGAGCUGUUCAUCGAGAAGUUUUUGCUGGUGGCCGGGUUGAAAUAUUUCAGCUAGCCACUGAAUGUGAACCUAAGUCGAUGACGGUACGGUACCAGCGAAAGAGGAUAAUUAUGUCGGCAUCCAUUGCAAGGGUAAAAAUAAAAUCUCAUAACUUUACAAGACGUACAGUAGUUACUUGCAGCUCUGCAUAGGACACACACACAGUAUCAACAAAAUUUUAUCGAAAACAAAACGAACACAAAAUAUGUGUGAGUGUGUGAAUGUAAACCGAAGUAUGAAACGAAAGUACUUUUUUUAAUUGAUCGCUAAUGCAUAAAUAAUAUCUUUUAAGUAAAACUUAAUUGUGUGGAAAAGAUACUAAGCUGUGAGUAUGAUACAAAAAUCAAUCAACAGGGUACGAUGAAUGGCAAAUGAUACUAUCAAACAGUAUCAAACGAUGAACGAUUGUGUCAUUUAAGAUUUAAGAUACAGCCAACAAAGGUCAUUCUUCAUCACUGCCAAAAUGGUUUUUGGGAGUGUUACAUACUAUUAGUAACAUAUUUUACUAUUUAUUUGUAGAGCAAACUAAACUAAUAUGGUAAUAAUAUUAUGUUCUACGCAUUUGUUCACUGUUUUGUGUUGGUGGGUAAAAAUUAGAAAACAAGAUAAACUGUUUUGCAAAGAAUGGACCAGUGCGUUAAAAUGAACUCAAGAUCGAAACUACCAAUCAUACAAAUCUACCCGCUAGAUAAAACCUGGACGUUGAGCAACAAAAUAUUAAAACGUGUAGAAACGUACAUUAAACAAAUCAAAGCAAAAUCAAACAUGCAGCAAAACAAAAGAAAGGUCUCAUUUUCCUUUUUAUUCCACUUUAUCUCUCCCUAUCUCUAUCAAUCUCUACAAAACAAAGGAAACACACACAACCAACUUGAGGAACACAUUCGUAUAAGCGAAAAUUGAGACUGACUUAGUUUCGAUACCUAAACGAUAUUGCUUUCUUUAGCUGUUUCUUGGCAUGUAAGCGGCACUAGGCACAUUGGACCGGAAGAAUCACCAUAGGGAGGGUGACUUUUUACUUUAGAUAGAAGCAUCGUAAAGUAGCAACGGUAUUUAAACACAGCGAUAGUGCUUUUUCGGAACUCUUCUUAGAAUGAAACGAAAGUAAAAUUAUUAAAAUGAGUACGUAGUGGUCCGCGAACAGCAAACAUUAUGCUGCAAUGGAACGCACUUUACUCUACUUGAUGAUAUUUCCCAUAGGGAUCAGUGUGUGUGUGUGUGCAAAAACGUGUACGAUUAGUGUGUAAUAUUAAGAGCAACAAACACUAGGUUAGUUCAAUAUCAUCGAGUACAGGGACACACGGAAAGACAAAACCGUACAUCAAGCGCACAACUUCAUUUAUGCACAUGGUGUGGUAAAAUGAAGGGAAUCAAAAGAAAAAAAAAAACAAAAUUAAAUUUAAGGGAUUUUUUUCGAAAUUCAUCACUGUACGUAAGGGCGAAAAUGCGUGUGAGCGUUUUUUGUUGUACAUUUUGGUCAUUUUUAUAGAUCGGAAGACAUGCCGAGGAAAUACUUUUUCAAAUUCGCUAAAACAGCUAUUAAAGAGCUGAAGCGAGUGAUUUUGUUACACGAAUAGUAUGGCUAUAGGCGUUACUCUGAGCAAAUGAGCCUGCAGGGUAUGCAACACGCAUGACAACUCGCCUGCUGCCAUGCAAACUGCAAACAUGAUACAAACAUUCAUUCCUAAUCAACUCGUUUGACAGCUCGUUUGUUCAUUUAAGGCAACAGUGCAUACCCAAUCAAACGCAGCAUCGGAAGGUUGUUCUUGCGUUGUGUUCAUCGUACAUAGAAUAACCAAAGAAUAAGCAAAACUUAAAACUCCCGUGCGGAAAGUGUAAUCAAAACUGGAAAAUUUUAAACUAGAUGGCUGUAUAAUUAAACCUUUUCGUUUCGACUUUGUAUCUCGUCGUACAUCGUUGACAUCUACAUUCAUAUGUAGUGUCGUGAAAUAGGUGAAAUAGUCAAUUAAACGAUAAUUAACGUGCAAGAAAAGUGAUGACGAACCGUGCAGAACGAAGUGAUUGAUAAAGGAUUGGGAAGCAACAUGUGAUUCAGAACGAUCGAUCCAGUAUGGGAAAAAAGGGAAACGUUAAAAGAAGCAACGGGGUUUAGUUCUGUUUUGAGUGACAUUUUGUGUAAUUGUAGAAUACAAACAAACACCAAUUUCUUACUAAACCAUACAAGAACAAAAGAUGUCGGCAAAGCAAAAUACGCAUGAAUACGCGUGGAAUGCUAGAAUGGGAAAAGAGUAAAAAAGGGGAAAGAAACUCAAUAAAUUAAAACCGCAAAAUAAUUAAUCAAAAACAAAUACUAAAACAUAAGACAGGAUUUGUUUGUAUGUAAGCAUAGAACAAAUAACGAAUCGAACAAAUGAGACAGAAAGAAAAGGAAAGUUGAGCGAAAAUGGAGUGAAAAACGCAACGCAAAUCGAAUCGAAUGCAGAACCAUAAUUUGAAAAGUAUUGAAACCAAAGGAAUAGUGACCAAAGAUGAUAGAAACAAUGUCAUAUAGAGAAAGAGACCGAAACAAGCAUAAAUUAACCAUACGCACCGAAAACAUAUGACCGUUUGUUCGCGGUUCCCUACACAGAACUAGAAAAUCAAACUCCUAAAUAGGCUGGAGAGGCUGGCGGUGCGCAAACCUUAAUGCCAUGUUAAACGAUGGGUUUCGAAGAACGAUUGCUGGGAGAAGGUAAAAACAUAGUGAAGCACUUUUUAACGAGAUGAAGCAACACCAUUACUACCACCCUGUUAAAGGAAGUUGAUGUUUGGUAAAGAUGGAAUUGUUAGCGUGGGUUGAAGCAUACUGGAAACACAGUGACGAAAUUGAUUCUAUCUACUUUUCCUACCAUGCAUGUUACCACAUGCUUUCCACUUAUAUUUUUUACCACCUAUGUACUGUUGCGCGUUUUGAAAAUGUUGGAAUCAUAUAGAGUGUGUUAAGACUGUCCGCUAGUGGUCGAAUUGUUUGUUGCAAACUAAUCCUUUGCAGAGAAAUAGAUAUACUCACACUAGAGUUGGAUUAUUAUAUAUAUGAAGAACAUAGAAAGGGUAAAUUCGGGUCAACACCUGGCUUAUGUAUGGUAGUGCUGUUUUGCAAUGUUUCUUCGAGCAGCAUUGAUGCCAAUAGUUCCGCAUAACAAACCAUUGUGUCAACGGAUUGAUAUUCCACCCUUAACAAGACUACAACUUGGACAUGAUUGCCUACGUUUCCUAUUUCAGUUCUUGUCCCCAUUCUGAGUCCUUCCGUUAAUGAUCUGAUCGCUAGUGGUAAGGAUCUGAAAGCGACGAUAAAGGCAAUCCAUGGUUAAGGUUAAAAAGGAAACGUUUGAUUAGUCGUGUGCGGUUGGCAGUACGAGUUUGCAUAGAAAUCACAAAAGAAAGGAACAAAAAAAAACAUUAAAAACUGCAAAAUAUUGUUGGACUGCAUUACAGCAAAAGAAACGUUCUACCAAACCUUCAUGAAAGUAAUAAAACUAACAUUGAUAUUAAAGAAACAGCUUUUAUGAAGCUACACAACCAGUACACACAGUCGAAAAAGUUAUAAUCAAACCAGAAUAGAACCCACAACCUAUUUAACGUAACGGAACUAAAUAAUGAAAUGUGACCCACUAACCACACUCAGUAGUAAAAUAGUUAACUUAGGGAAGGGAAAGGGAAGGGAUUUAUAAAACAAAUGAACAAAACACACAUAAACGCGUGCAAUAAAAGAUAAACAAAAAAAAACUACACAUAACACACUAAACAAAACAAACGAAAUAGACAACAAAAAAGGUACAUACAUAUACCAUCGUAGGGGAGAGCAGUUGCAGUAGUAUAAUUGAAAAACAUCUGUUUGCUUUUUCUGUUUUGUUUCCAGUUUGUGAUUUGUUUUACUCGAAAUAGACGAUCAUUUCAAUGAACAGGAAUUUAAAGCUUACAUAGGGAAAUGGAACACCAAGAUAAACGAAACCAAUGCAGCCAGGGAAGUCCUACAGUCCAGUUAAUGUGUUUACCAUAAGUUAUCGGCGGUCAGGAAAUCGGAGAGCUUGGAAACGAAUCAAAACAAACAGGUCAAACAAAAGAGCUACGGAUUGGCGAUGCAACAAAGGACAUUGCGAUCGCGAUGGGACGAAAACAUUUGGGUAAACAAAUGAAGUGGACAGAUUUCAUUUAUCAUACCGGUAGAUGCGAAUCUUGUGUUGAUGAUACAAACGAGACAAAAAUAAAACUUUAUUCAAAAAAUAACAA